CACACACACGCACGCACACACACCGCUGCGCUCGUAUGUGCUGAAGUCAUUACAGCGAUGCUCCACAUCCACAUUUAAAUGAUCGUUGGUGAUUUUACAUCAGUAUAUCGCAGUACAACCACAACCAAUUUUCAGGACGGUUACUCCUGAAAGAUGGUGCAGUUCCCACUUUGUUGGGACAAUCUGGUGCUUCAAGGAUCACAACCUGGAGAGGCGUUUGAUUGGAUCAACAGCUCGUCUGCACAUGCUCAGAGUGUGGCCAAAGCCAAGUACCAAUUUCUCUUUGGAAAGACUGAAGACACAAGCUCAGCAGAUACUGUGACCUCUCAAGACCAAGUCAAAGAGGAGGCCAGCACAAGUGUCGAUGGUGCUCUUGAAGAUGAUGAUGAUGUCGAUGAGACAUCACUGUUCCAGGAGAUCGACCAGGAGCUGUCUAAUUUGUUGAGUGGCCUAACGGCUCGCAGUCAGCAUGCUGCGGCCCAGUGGGGCUCGACCACCACCUCACCCAUGAUCCCCUGCAACGGACUGAACGAGACGCCGCUGGAUAUGGCCAAUAAGGGUUUAGACCUUCAGAACGGCCAGUCCGAGUUAGCCGGGGACUUGCUUGUGAUGUCUGGACUGCGUUUUGAUUCGUGGUGUGAUGCGCUCAUAAAGGACCCCAGCUCAAUGGUUGCCAGCUGCUUCAGCACCGAAAUUGCCAUUCAAGACCCCGGGAUUGCACCGGACAGCCAAAAUAAACCAGAUGCCAGCCCGAUGACAGAAAUCACUGGACAUGAGGUCGGGGGGUCACCCUUACCCAGCCACUCUGAUGACGCCUCCGCGGGGCUCUUGGAUGAGUCUCUAGAGGAGUCCAGUAAGAUCCUGGCAGAGGUCCCGGGCAUCUUCAGCACCUUUCUGGAAGGGGGCAAACUGCAAGAGAAGCCGCCGAAGAAGCUGCGCUUUGUGGAGAACAGGACUGAGAGUGUGCUGAAUGGAGAGAUGCAGAAUGGAGCAGAGCAGAGCGGCAGCUUGAAAGAGGAAGUGAGUCAGGACAUGGAGCACGCAGACGUCACAGGAGCGACACCCGAGCACAAAUCAAAACAACAUAGCUCACACAGGUGUUUAGAAGGUAAAUCCACUACAGGUGAGGAGGCCACAGAUGUCUUCAGCUGUCAGUUUGAGAACAUCCUGGAGUCUGAGCGUCUGCGAGGGACUCUCUACAGCAGUAUGGACUCGCUGGAUGUGCUGUCCAACCCCGAGCCAGAGCCCGCAUCUCAAACUGCUUCAGAACCCUCAUUCAGCUUUGACAUCCCCCUCACGCCCAUGAUUCAACAGCGACUCAAAGACAGAACUCUGUUCCUGGACGCGGCCGGCACUGACCCGUGCGCAGUAAGCGAGCUGUUGAGCGUCAUGGCCACGCAGAAGAGCGGACGUCCAGCUCUGGAGGUCACCUCAUCGCUUCUGUCAUCGGCCGUUAAGGACGCGGGUGCGGUGGGUGCAGCUCUGGUGAACGGUUUGGAUGAGAAGGACCCGAGGGACUGGCUGCAGGGCUGUUUGAGCAGUGAUGUGGGGCUGAAGGACGUGCUGUCAGACUGGGACUUGGACAUGGACUCAGAGGAAUGUCUUAAAGACACAGAUGUUCUUCACAAUGGCAGCCGCAGCGAUCAGGAAUCCGCCCGACGCCUAGCCAGACGCCUCUACCACCUGGAGGGCUUCCGCCGCUCGGACGUUGCCAAACAUCUGGGCAAGAAUAAUGACUUCAGUAAGAUGGUGGCAGAAGAAUAUCUCACAUUCUUUGAGUUUACAGACUUGACAUUGGACCAGUCACUCAGAUCCUUUCUGAAAGCGUUCUCACUGAUGGGUGAGACACAGGAGAGAGAGCGAGUGUUAAUUCAUUUCUCGAACCGGUACUAUCAGUGUAACCCCACCGUCAUCACUGCACAAGAUGGAGUUCAUUGUCUCACCUGCGCACUAAUGCUGCUCAACACUGACCUUCAUGGCCCUAAUAUUGGGAAGAAGAUGACGUGCCAGGAAUUCAUCAAUAACCUGGACGGACUCAACGCAGGACAAGAUUUCCCCCGAGAGCUGCUAAAGUCAUUGUAUAGCUCCAUCAAGAAUGAGAAGCUGGAAUGGGCCGUGGAUGGAGAUGAGCUAAAGAAGUCUCUGUCUGAGUUGGCAGAUAAGAACAAUCAUGCUCACAUGAAGAGCAUCAGUCGCAUCAGCAGUGGCAGUAAUCCCUUCCUGGACAUCACAAACGACCCAAAUGCCGCCGUCUACAAAACCGGCUUCCUCACUCGCAAAAUCCAUGCCGACAUGGACGGGAAGAAAACGCCUAGAGGAAAGCGAGGUUGGAAAACCUUCUAUGCUGUUCUUAAAGGCAUGAUCCUGUAUUUGCAGAAGGAUGAGUAUAAGCCAGAGAAAUCUCUAUCAGAGGACGAUCUGAAGAAUGCCAUCAGCGUGCAUCAUUCUCUCGCCAUCAAAGCAAUGGACUAUGAAAAGAAACCCAACGUUCUGAAGCUCAAGACUGCUGACUGGAGAGUGUUCCUCUUCCAGGCCCAGAGUCCUGAUGAAAUGGAGUCCUGGAUUAGAAUCAUAAAUUCAGUGGCAGCCAUGUUUUCUGCACCAUCAUUCCCUGCUGCCAUUGGCUCACAGAAAAAAUUUAGCCGUCCGCUGCUGCCGGCAACCACCACCCGAAUGUCUCAGGAAGAGCAGCUGAAAUCCCAUGAGGCCAAGCUGAAGCACGUCUCCACAGAGCUCACUGAGCACAGAUCCUACCCCCCAGAUAAGAAAGUCAAAGCCAAAGAGAUCGAUGAGUACCGCUUGAAAGAGCACUACCUGGAAUUUGAGGAGAGCCGUUAUGAGAUGUACGUGAAGCUUCUGAAAGAGGGAGUAAAAGAGGCGCUGAUGUCCAGAGAUGGAGAGAUGGUAUUAAAGAAAUCUCAGUCCAGCCCCUCCCUCAACCAGGAGUCCCAGCCGGCCGCUGCCAAAGUGAAACGCAACACUUCCGAGCGCAAGGAUCACCGGCCCGAAACAACCAAGGUUACAUAGAUAGCCUUCUGCCUCCCGUCAGAGAGCCAUUGUAUAUCAUGCGUGACUGUAUUUGGAUGUAAUUUAUUUAUCUGCCAACAGCUGUAUAAGAAAACAUUUGUUUGGAAGUUGUAAAUCUCCAGGUCUCCCUUGAACAAUUGUUGCGUGUGGAGCAAAUUGUGUGGAACAUGACGUGUUUUAUUUGUAAUGUGUAAAUAUUUCAUUCUCUGUGUACUGUCCUCUAAUUUACUUCUCCUGCAAGAGAAGAAUUUUCUUCAAUUUAGUGGAAAUUUCCACAUUGAUUUUACUGUAGAUAUACAAGGCAGUAGAGUAGUUGGCUCACUUUGAAGGUUACCUGUGAUUUUACUAUAUAAAUUCAAUAAACGCAAACAUAACCACAUGUCGAACUAACUACAGUCUGCAGUAAAACAAAGGUUUAGUGGGUCUUUGAUUUUAUACAUUUUGAGGAUCCUUCAGGAUUUCAGUGCAUGGAUACGAUGCUGAAUUUGUUCUGAAAGCCUUUUGUUGAGUUUAAUGAUAUUCUGCUAUCAAUUUACUAACCAACUACUACCAAAUCACCAAAUCAAUAUAUAUACUCACACACAGUUAAUGAAUCAUACCAGCAUGUUACAGCAAUGGACAAACUCUAAAUAGAUCAUUUUAUAAUGUUUUUGAGGUACUUGCUAAGUUCUGGCAUUUCAGACUGCAAAGUGAUCUUACUGUAAACAUCCUCAAUUGUGCAGUUUGUGACUUUAUUUUUUAAUCUGUUGAAGAGUAUACUUCUGCUUUUUUGAGUAGUGUAAAUGCCAAUGGUCUUUUUGUGUAUUUUAUAAUCUUAUAUAUUCGAAUUUGUAAUUCUCAGUUCCAAACAUUAUUGAUGUAAAGAUGACUGUAGUAUUUAUAGUGCACUUUAUGAAUUAGGUUUUUUUAGAGAGCUUUAUAAAAGGUAGUGAUGCGUUACUUCAUUAUAUCACAGGUUGUUUGAACAUAACCAAAUUGUGUUGAUUUUGAUUGAAGGUACACAGCCGAAGGUACAUUUCACUCGGCUUGACGUGUAAAGUCGUUUUAGUUUGUCAGUGGUUUUGUGUUCUUGCUGUCAUAUUCAGUUUGUUCCAAGACAUAGUUUUUUAAAAGACUAUUUGCAUUGUUGUAGGACAUUUCACUUUGGAACUAUUGCUUUUCAUGAUGCUGAUCUUGAAUUUAAGAUGUCAUCUAUACAUUUUCAUUAUGGAAAGAAACCAAGGUGAACACUAUAUGAACAUUCUACAUUGUUUAUUGCACACCAACAAAUCUUCUCCAUAACAAACCUACUGACUUUUUUUUUUUUUUAAGGUUUAAAAGGAGUCUGUAUUUGGAAAAAAAAUAAAGCGGCGAAUAUUUUUAGAUAUUGGUUUAUUAUAUCAGUCCCUCCAGUCUAAAAUAACAUUUGUUUACUUGAAAUGUUUUUAUGGACACUUUAUUUUUGUUAGCAAAGUUACUUUGUCAUUAUGUUUUUACUCUGAAUUUGAGGAGUUUUAGCUGUUUGAUAAAUGGAAAGGAUUCAUUCAUAUCUACAUUGUCGUUUCAGGCUCUGCCACUAAAAUACUUUAUAUUGUUGCAUCAUCUGGUUUUUACCAUGUAUUUCUUGCCUUGAAAUUGCAAACACAACAGUCGAUGUUGUCAUACUUGUUAUUUCUCUUGUCCAGUUCUAAACACAGUAGCACUUAAUCUUUUUUGUUUGUUUGUUUUUGCUACUUUUAGAACUAAUUACAUUAUUCUGAGCAAUAUAUAUGCAGAUUAUAGUAAUUAAUACUACAAAAUUGUUAUCAGUAUGUAAGGCGACAUGAAGAGAUCUCUUCUUUUAUGUACAACUGUGUUUUGUUGUUUGGUGUUCAUCUCUUCUCCAGACCAAAUAUUUCCUGUGGCAGUAACUCUAGCACUAACCCUUUAACAGUGCACGGCAUACAGAGACUUUUAGUAUUUUUCAACUGUUAUUAUUUUUAAGAAGGAUGUAGACAACACAAGAAAAUGAGAAAGCAUGUUGUAACAAAGAUGGCAGGAGCACUUUUGGGUUUCCAAAACUAACUGCAUAAAAGAAAAGUAGAUUUAAAAGUGAGACUAACAUCAACGUAAUGAAUGAAAUAUCUAGCUUUGAUUAUGAUAGUAUUUUGUUUGGUACAGUCAUUUUGUCACAGUUGAAUCUUCUGUUUCCAAAAACUUCUUGUUUACUGUGACGUAUACUACUACCUUUUUUUUUUUCUUUCUUUUUAACUGAGCUUGAUUGUACAUGUUAUGACUUCUUGUUGACUCCAGCUAUGUCAUCUUUGUGUGUUUACUUUAUCAAACCCUGUAUUUUCUGAUCUCUCUCAAAUGGAGAGAGCUGGUUUGUAAUACGCCUUAGCCAUCACUUGGGCCAUUUGGUGUCCAAACUCAGACACAGUGAAAUGUUUAUUUUGUUUUUGUGUUUUGUUUUUUCAGCUGUGAUCCUGUACUGUUCAUUUAAAUAUGUAAAUGUUGUGAAAUAUACCUGUUGCCCUGUGUUCAGAAAAUUGGAUUUGUUGGUGAAGUGAUCUCUUGGCAUGAGCGUGUCUUACGCCUGCUUGCUAAGAUCAAGGACACAAUGUUGGCUUCAGUGAAUAAAAUAUUGUAUUUAACCAUG